UUUCACUCUUCUAGCUCCAGAAAAUGAUCAUCUACUUGGAAGUUUAAGUAAACCACAAGGUCCGCUGCCCACCACAACACGCCCAUUUCCUCUCUCUCCUUUUUCUCUUUCUCCCCAUCCUCUGCAAAAUCAAAACCAGAAAUCAGGAAUCGAAGCCCUAGAAUUUCUCUCGAUAUUCAUCAGUACAAGUAUGGUGAAGAUUAACAAAUUUAUCUUGUCUUUAGCAGUUAGUAUUAUUGCAGUAAUAGCAUCGUGGAAUCCGAGUGCCGUGACUGCAAAUUCUGAAGGGGACGCGCUCUAUUCGCUUCGCCGGAGUCUAUUCGACCCCGAUAACGUUCUUCAGAGCUGGGAUCCGAAUCUUGUAAACCCCUGUACUUGGUUUCAUGUCACCUGCAACCAAGAUAACCAUGUCACGCGCGUGGACCUCGGCAACUCAAAUUUGUCUGGCCAUCUAGUGCCUGAUUUGGGGAAGCUUGAACAUCUGCAGUAUCUAGAGCUUUACAAAAAUAAUAUCCAAGGGUCAAUCCCUGUUGAGCUUGGUAACUUGAGGAGCCUAAUUAGUUUGGACUUAUACAACAAUAAUCUCACAGGUGUCGUUCCUCAUUCAUUGGGAAAGUUGAAGUCUCUUGUAUUCUUGCGCCUGAAUGAUAACCACUUAACCGGGCCAAUUCCAAGGUCACUUGCUGGAAUUUCUUCCCUGAAAGUUGUGGAUGUCUCAAAUAAUGAUUUGUGCGGCACAAUUCCUACCAGUGGUCCAUUUGAGCACAUACCAUUAAACAACACCAUCCGAGCUUUCUUUCCAACAUUCCAUCCUUACCCUCGGAGCAGAGGUUCAAAAUGUACAACAGAUUUUGGUGGGAUCAACAAUAUAAACCCAUUUGGAGACGGUAGAGGCAUGUGUAAGACGACAUCCUCUUUAUAGGACCAAUGCUUUAGCGUAUCUCUAACGGCUGAAGAAAUGCAGUUGAGUUGCAAUGGGACCCAAGAAGCUUGUUCUUCACUCAAAACACAAACAUCAGAUGACUGUUGUACUUGUAACAGGAAAAGUGGAACUUAAACCUCAAUUGAUAAUGAUGCCUUACAAUGCAUAAAAUGCCUCGCUCCUGGGAAAUGUCCCUAAUAUCAGAACAGAGAAAAAUUUUACCUUGGUACGGGAGUACAAUUGAAUUAAAAAAGACCCAAAGUUAGGGAUUUAUCAAUAGGUAAUGUUGCACCAUGGUAAGGGAGUGAAAUGACUUGAAUAAAUUAAGUAUAAAAGGAAACUUUAGAGUUAUUUACUGCAAUUCCCUGCAUGGCAAUCAGUAAAUGAUCCCAAUGGCUGCUUCUGCCCUUCAGGUCUUGUAAGAUGGUACUUUACAUAGUGCUUCACUGGGGUUGUUCACUUCUUCUCUUCAUGCUCCUUUGAUGCUUAAUGAAAAAAUAAAUAAAUAAAAGAAUUCUUUGCUGCCGUU